AUGGCAGACACGAAGGCUCUACCCGUGUUCGCAUUUACGGACGACCGGAUACAAUUACAGCAACUGCGUGCGUAUAUGAGAGAGCAUGGCUCGCCAAUCGACGAAGAAGGACCUGCAGAUUUCAAUGAGAAUUUGGAAGAGUUGGUUAAAGCAGUCCCUGUUCUGGGUAAUUUGGAAAAUGAGAAGGAAGUGGAAAUGAUUUUGAAUUCAAUAUCAUCGCUUAUUGUUGUGCUUACACCGGAAGCAGCUGAAAAAAUAAUCAUCGAGUUCUGUCAGCAGCUAUCUUCGGAAAAUUUCAAAGGCACUGGUUGGAAUAGCAGUGCCUCUUCAGCUGUUCGAACUCUUUCAAAUUUAUUUUUUGCUUUUAAUAAGCAUCCACGAGUGCAGCAUGCUCUUUAUGUUGCAUUGGUAGCUUUGUGCGGACGAGCGCGAAUUAUCGGAGAUUUGGAUACAAGUACUGAGAAAGUGAAUGAAUACAUCAGUCGUUGGUCAUUGGAUCAGAAGCAACAGCGUAGUCUUUUGCGGUUGAUUCAUUGGGCUCUUAUCAAGGACGGAAGGGCCGAUCAGGCAGCUAAGACGAUGACAGCUUUACUGAGAACAUACACCGAUGCAGAUGCUGCAUCUGCUGUAGAAGAUGCUCGUGAAUGCGUGAGAACAGCAAUCGUUGACCCGAAAUCGUUCAGUUUCGAUCACCUUUUGCGGCUCUCUGCAGUGCAGCUGCUGGAAAAAAGUGAUCCACUGAUGCACGAAGUGUUGAAGCUGUUUUCUCAAGGUACUUUGAAAGACUACCAGACCUUUGUCAUGAAACAUCCAACUUUUAUUAAUGAGAAGUUGCAUGUUGAUGAUAAUGCUCUGAUCAAAAAGAUGCGGUUGCUAACGUUGAUGGAUAUGGCUGAAAAAAAGACUGUUAUAUCUCUUCAUGAUUUAUCGCUUGAAGUUGAUAUACCGGAGAAUGAAGAGCUCGAGGAAUUUAUAAUUGAAGCAAUUAGAAUAAAUGCAAUCAGUGGCAAAAUAAAUGAGUUAAAAAAGGAACUCAGUGUGACGUCGCUUCAGCAUCGAAGCUUUGGUCGUCCGCAGUGGGAGCUUCUUCGAAAACGACUUAUUGCAUUAAUCGGUAGCUUGAAUACAUCACACGAAAAUAUCAAGAAUGUAUAUACCAAUGGUCUCACCACCUAAUUUAUAUGUGCUUGUGUCUUAUUCAUUUGCAUUAUUUGUUGUUUAUGAGAUUUAGAGCGCAAUAUUUUUUACUUACUAUGACAAAAAAAAGCUCAUCGUAAUUAGAAAACGAAAAGUGUAGUAAAUGUUGAGUGGAGGUUUUUGAUGCUAAAUUCUCACCGAGUAAUUGUUUGAAAAGUGACUCUCGUUAAUUGUUUUAAAGAUGACACUUUUGUUGGUGAAUUCGUUCUGGUUAUAAUUUCGAUAGUGUAAUAAAGUUC